AUAAUCCGCUCACCCUGGAAGGAUAAAUUCCUAGGCCAGCUCUGCUGAUCCAGGUCCAGGCAGCUGGCACCCGAGGCUCCCUGAGAUCUGCCCAGCGCUUGCCUGCAUGAGGAGGCCAGCCCAGCCUGACAGAGUCCAGAAACUAAGGGUCACUGCAGUGUGUCUGCCAGCCUCGCCAUGAACCUGGAGCCACCCAAGGCUGAGAUUCGGUCAGCCACCCGGGUUAUAGGGGGACCCGUUACCCCCAGGAAAGGGCCACCAAAGUUUAAGCAGCGGCAAACCAGGCAAUUCAAGAGCAAGCCCCCCAAGAAAGGUGUCCAAGGGUUUGGGGAUGACAUCCCUGGAAUGGAAGGCCUGGGAACAGACAUCACCGUUAUCUGUCCGUGGGAGGCCUUCAACCACCUGGAGCUGCAUGAGCUGGCCCAGUACGGCAUCAUCUAGUCAGAUGCCCGCUGCUUGAGCCCCGCGGAAGAGGCCUGCUGAAGACCCACUCUGCCCCAUCACCCUCUGCAAGCCCUGCCUGGGACCCCUGCCCGAGCCCGAGCCUGAGUCCCUAGCCAGGUUGCCCAAGGCCUCUAGGUGGGACAACCUCAGGUCCUGACACCAGCUAGCAAGAGGCCACAGCCUCCCACAGGACGCUCUGCUGGCAUGAGGUCACCGGU